AUGCCAAAAAAGGAAGAGGAAGAGGGUGAAGAUUCUGUAUCGAUAACUGAUGAUGUAAAAGGAGCUGAUUAUUAUCAUGGAUUGAUACCGCGUACCGAUAUUGAACCACUGCUAAAAAAAGAAGGCGAUUUUUUGUUACGAAAAACUGAGCUCACACCUGGAGAGAUAGUACUUGCGAUUUCGGUGCGACAUAACAAUGCCGUGCGACACUUUAUGGUAAAUCAGGACCAGGAUGGUUCAUUCUAUUGCGAACACCAUCACGAGAAAAGCGUUUCUGAUUUAAUACAAUACUAUAAAUCAACAAAAGAACCAUUAUCGGCUUCUAGCCAAGCACGUCUUCGUCGGCCUAUCGAACGACCACAGUGGCUCUUAAAUCACGACUCGAUCAGACUUGUUAAAAAACUUGGUGAAGGCGCAUUUGGCGAAGUAUUCCUUGCGGAAUAUUCAUUUGGAACAGAAAAACAAGAAGUAGCAGUAAAAACAAUGCGUCAAGAAGCAACACGUGAAGCACGUUUAAAAUUUAUGAAAGAAGCAAGAUUAAUGCGUCGCUAUGAGCAUAAACAUGUGGUACGUAUUCUUGGUGUAGCGGUGCAUGAACAUCCAUUAAUGAUUAUUAUGGAAAACUGUCCCGGUGGAUCAUUAUUAUCAUAUCUACGAAAAGAGAAAGGAAAGGUAUCAUUAGCAAUGAAAUUGCGUUUUGCAACUGAAGCAGCAGAUGGAAUGGCUUAUUUACAUAAGCAAAAAUGUAUUCAUCGUGAUAUUGCUGCACGAAACGUUUUACUAAGUGGUAAACUUGACGUGAAAAUUAGCGAUUUUGGCAUGUCUGAUGAUCGUCUCAUUGUACAGGAUGAAAAAUUAGAAAAGGUGCCAGUUAAAUGGUUAGCACCAGAAACAAUGCAACAAAAAGUUUACUCAAAUAAAACUGAUGUUUGGUCAUACGGUGUACUUGUCUGGGAAAUUUAUUCCGACGGUUCAGAGCCUUAUCCAGGAUUAACAAAUAUUCAAACACGUGCAAAAAUUGUCGUACAAAAUUAUCGAAUGGAAAUGCCAAAGGACACACCAUCCGGUGUAGUCAAAUUAGUGCAACAAUGUUGGGCUAAAAAUCCUGAUGAACGACCGGAUUUUAGUAAAAUAUUUAAAACACUGAAAAGUAUGAAAACUUGA